AUGUCUAAAUGGGAACAACCCCAUCAACGGCUCCUAGAAUGUAGUGAGCCGAGCGCCAUAGGACGUGAUCUUGGGUUCAUCAAUCGGAAGUACUUUGAACCGGCUACAUGGGAGCCGCUGCUCCGCACUGCCAUGGGUCGGGGACAGUACGGAAAAUUUGUGGCUUCGAUGAUUGAGCGAAUCCGAGUGAAGGAGAGCAGCUAUGACGAGAUCCGAAACUUCGUUCAUCUCGUGGCGACGGAGCAGAACUGGGACUUCCUGAAGGUGGCCAUGCCUUAUCUCCCGGAAUUGAAAGAGCAGUACCCUCAUGACACUAAGAGCUUCGAAAUAGCACUUCUUUUCCUUUUGAAGCCUAAAAUACGCCGUAGGAGCAUCAAGGAGAUCCAGACUGCUAUCCCUGCACCCAAGACAUACGAGAACGGCUUGAGCAAGACAGAAGAGCAGUUGCUGAGGCGAAAUUUGUUUGGGCCAAAUCGAGGAGCGGUGGACUCUCCAAGCAUGAACCGUCUUUUCAAGUCGAUAUUGGAGCUGGGAUAUCCUCAAUUGGCUCUAGAUCGAUCCAUGCGCGAAGCCAAAGAACGAGGCACCGACAUUGAACGCUGCUGCGAAGGCCUGCCAAGAAAUAUGCUGAUGCCAGGCGCUGGUACUCGAUUGCCAUUCCACAACCAUCGGGCUGGCCUACCUGAGGUCUGGACUCCAAGCUCUAGUGCUGAGCUGUCAAAAUUACCACCAUCGUCCGUAUUUGAAGGCAACGAACCAAUUGACAACCCUCGGGAUGAGCUCCUGACCGAAUUGGAGGUCGAUGGAGUAGACCCACCAGUACCAACUACCCGCAACAAACCCUGGACGUCUCACGGAGAGCUUCCCAAGCUCAACAACGUUGAAGAUAUCGAAGCCUUCCCAGCCCGCCGCGCACAGUCUCUUGGCCGUCCCCAAGUCCCAUGCGACGAGCCUCCUCGCAUUCAACAUGGGCCAGCAGAGCGCGAAGCAUUCAAAAUUUACUACAAAGGACCUGCUAGAGUGUUCCUGAAUUACUUCCACAUCCUCGAACGAGUGCCAGACCCGCCAAUGCCUGAGCCCGGCACCAAUUGGCCGGAUUGGCCAAAGUCGCCCUCGACGCUGGGUCAUAGUCCCCUCGCUGCUGCGGCGAAGCCAACCCAGACGGACACUGAUGCGGUAGCGAUACCAAAGCGUGAGCAGACGCCAAAAAUGACUGUAGGCUUGGCUGAUGUUGCGGACCCUGGGAGUCGAAACCCUUAUUUCGGUUGA